AUGCGCCGUCAUAUCCAACAGCAAAACCAGUCAGCUCAAACAAGUCCUCUUCCCUGUAGAGCUCCAGUGCCGUCAGAUCUUUUCCCAGACCCUUCAAACCUCCAGAGCCUCCUCGUCAUGGUUGCUUUCCGCUAUAGAGAGGGACUUAUAAUAGAUGUCUCGAGCAUUGAUGCGAUAGAUAUCGGCGUCGCGCCAAUCGUCCAGUGCGCAUGCCAUCAGAAUGGAAUUCUUGAUAACAUAGUACGUCGGAAGUGCAGGGUCACUAUCAAGAGAAGCUUAGCGAGUGAAGAAGCAAUGGAAAACACGGGGAGCCAUUUACAGACACUUACUGCAGAUUGCGCCUUGCGGCUGAAAUGCAGCCUUGCAGAUCGACCUCGAACAGAACGCGCGUUGCUUCGUACUGUAGACGGAACACCUCAUGGUCUUCCUGCGACUCUGCCAUUGUUGUCGAAUUUCCCAGAGAAUGUAGUUUCUUGCAAGAUGUUGCCUGCCGAGAAUGUUUUGAAGUGGGACGUGUAA